CAGCAGGCGGCGCUGUGUCGCUCAACAAAGACUCUGCGACAGGCCGUAAACCGUCACUGAGAGGACAAGAUGGCGUCCGGCAGCGGGUCCAGUAAGAAUGACUUCCGCAGGAAGUGGGACAAAGAUGAGUACGAGAACUUGGCCCAGAAGCGUCUGUCUGAGGAGAAGGACCGGGAGAGGAAAGAUGGCAAAGUGGCUCCGCCGGUCAAGCGGGACCUCCUGCGUCACCGUGACUACAAGGUGGACCUGGAGUCCAAAUUGGGAAAGACCAUCGUCAUCACCAAGACGACCCCCCAGGCCGAGAUGGGCGGGUAUUACUGUAACGUCUGUGACUGCGUGGUCAAGGACUCCAUCAACUUCCUGGACCACAUCAACGGGAAGAAACACCAGAGGAACUUGGGGAUGUCGAUGAGAGUCGAACGUUCGUCUCUCGAUCAGGUGAAGAAACGUUUUGAGGUGAACAAAAAGAAGAUGGAGGAGAAACAGAAGGAGUACGACUUUGAGGAGCGCAUGAAGGAACUACGAGAGGAGGAGGAGAAGGCGAAGGCCUACAAGAAGGAGAAGCAGAAGGAGAGGAAGCGGCGGGCGGAGGAGGACGUGGACCUGGAGGAGGAUGACGAGAUGGCGGCGGUGAUGGGGUUCUCUGGCUUUGGCUCCUCCAAGAAGAGUCACUGACACUUCCUGGAGGCUGAGCAACCACAACCAGACUGUAAAGACAGGAAGUCAUGCUUUUAAUUUGGUAGUCUCUUAUUUCCAGAGACGUGACGGACAAAAUAAACCUUCAAGUUCAUGCUGAUGAAAAAGUUAAGUUUUGAUACAAAAAUGAUUAGUUGUUAAGUGAAUUAUUAACAUUGAGAAUUGUGUCUUAUAAUCCAGAAAAGUAUCUUAGAAGUGAAUUAUUCAAGUUGUUAGUAUCUCAGUUCCAUUUUUUGUUGUAAAUAAACCGUAUUUUUUGUUUUUAA